AUUUUUUUUAAUUAUUUUCGGCUGGAAAUAAUUUGUACCGGAAGUUGAAUGAUAAUCGUUGUCAAUCAGCCGUGCAAUUCUGCAUUCUGAUUGGUGGGUCAUCAGAUUGCUUGACAACUGAAACCAAGCAAUUCCGCGCGCCAAAUAUCCCGAAGGUAUUCCUCGUAAAACUUGCAUGAGUUCAUGCCCUUAACAGCUGUUUGCGACCUCAAAAUAACUCAUUGACACGACUAUUGAUUUGAAAAUGCUUCCUUGAUUCUUUCAUCAUGGAUUUUUGCUAUCAUUUCACGGAUAAACAUUUUCACAAGUGGAUUAAUGCACCGAUUUGUCGAGUGAAAUAACUGGAUUGUCACCCUAAACAAUAAAAGGUUGUCUUGAUGUUUGGGUUUCCGACGAAAUCUUGAUUCAGGAAAAAUGCUAUGACAAGAAACAGUAUGAGCAAUCCUCCUUCAGAGAGAAAGUGAGUAUAAUUUUGUUUUACUCUGCGUAAUUCAGUGUUUAUACUAGAUGCAAUGCCCAAAUAGCUAAUCAUUUCCAUGCUCUUUUGUCUUCGUGUUAACUCUGACAGAGUAAUUUGGGUUUGUUUGUCUUACAUCACAGCAAGAUUCUGCUUUAUUUUGGUUCACAGAAAUUCUCAUGGAAAGCUAGAAAAAGUCAAAGAGAGAAAGAACGUUCUUCCCUUUUUAAAGCCUGUGAAAUCCAAGCAGUUUUUCCAGUCGAACCAGAGCCCUGGUGAUGCGCGUAGUUCACAGCCCUCAAGCUACAGCAAUGGUUACAUAAACAAAAAUGAGUUAAUCUUGAAGUACAGCGAUGGAAAGACCUACUCACAAAGUCAUCAGAAACUCACCACCAUCCUGCCAGGAACACUACCCCAGCUUGGACCAGGCAAAUUUCACAGCCAGGGAGAAGAGCAUGGAGCGAGAGACGGAAAAAAACAUGGUGAUCAGUUGCCACACUUGCUCAACCAACAAAAUUACCUCAAGACCUCUAGCAAGCAGGCGCAGAAUCUGGGGCUGUCCGAGUUUGGCAAGCCCGCGGUCCGCAAGGGGCAGUCUUCGAUACUGAUCAGCAGUACCGAGGACCACCCGACUAAAGUUCGCAGGGAUCCCAAUGGUUAUAAGCUGCCCAUGUCGCCCAGUGUUUGUAUCAAAGCAUACGGGGACCGUAUAACCACGUUCGAGCAGUCGGAGAUCCUCGAUUACCCCGAGGUGUGGUUUCUUGGUUUGGACGCUAAGAAGAUUGAUGGCGUUCCUGGAGCCCCGCAAAACAACAAUUACGACGACGAUAACGGCUCCUACCUAAAGGCUCUCCAUGAUCACCUCGCGUACCGGUACGAAGUGCUGGAGGUCCUUGGCAAGGGGUCAUUUGGACAGGUGGUCAAGGCCCUGGACCACAAAACCGGACAGCACGUUGCAGUCAAGAUCAUCCGUAACAAGAAACGGUUCCACCAGCAAGCGUUGGUAGAAGUCAAAAUUCUCGAUAAUCUACGGAAGAAGGAUAAAGACAACACACAUAAUCUGAUCCACAUGAUCGAACACUUCUAUUUUAGGAAUCACUUGUGUAUAACAUUUGAAUUAAUGGGAAUGAAUUUGUAUGAAUUGAUAAAGAAAAACAAUUUUCAAGGAUUUAGUUUAGCACUUAUAAGAAGGUUCGCGUUCGCGCUCUUGCACUGCCUGAAGGUCAUCCACAAAGAAAAGAUCAUCCACUGUGACCUUAAACCCGAGAACAUAUUACUACGUCAGAGGGGGCAGACGUCAAUCAAAGUGAUAGACUUCGGCUCGAGUUGCUACGAGCACCAACGAGUUUACACAUAUAUUCAAAGUCGAUUUUAUAGAUCUCCUGAAGUUAUUUUAGGUCUACCGUACAGUAUGGCUAUCGACAUGUGGAGUUUUGGGUGUAUUCUAGCUGAGCUAUACACAGGGUACCCGCUAUUCCCGGGCGAGAACGAAGUUGAGCAGCUGGCCUGCAUCAUGGAGGUUUUAGGUCUUCCAUCACCUAAAUUAAUAGAAUCCGCGUCUAGACGGCGAUUAUUCUUCGAUUCCAAAGGUAUCCCGCGUUGCAUCACAAAUUCUAAAGGCAAGAAGCGGAGGCCUAGCUCACGUGACAUCAGCGCCGCACUGAAAACCAAUGACGCGUUGUUCCUGGAUUUCCUCAAACAAUGUCUAGAAUGGGACCCGUCGGAGCGAAUAACACCGGAACAAGCAUUCCAACACGAGUGGAUCCAAGAGGGUCGGCAGAAGGUGCGAGGGAUUUCUCGUAUAAGCUCGCGCCAUCACCCUCCCUCGAGUCAUCGAACGGUCCACGACGCUCCUCGGGCGUCCGAGUCUGCUACGAUCGCGAACGAGUCCACAACAAAGACCCAUGCCGAAUCUUCGGGGUGGACCAAACGCAGCGCCAGGACUCGUGAGCGACUUCAACCAAUCGGCGCGGACGCCUCGCACACCAUUACGCAUGACACAAACAAUAAUGUUGUCAAGACAACGUCUGAUGCCAAAGUGAGUACUCGGAGGAAUUCCUCGGGUGGGAAGAAAGACUCGGAAAAGCCGACUACAAAGAAAACGGAACCGGAGACUUCCGAAGCGUCACACGAUGACUCGACGAACGAAGGAGCCCAUGGUGGCCAAUUCUUACCACCCAUCGGGAAAUGACACAGCUCGGGGAAUAGUUAGGUUAUGGGAAUUUCACAGUCUUAGUCCUUUUUUCUGAAACAAGCUUAUUUUUUCUAUUCUAAAAUAAUUCUGAAAAAUCUUUAGAUACUUUUUGGUAAAUUUUACAGAUAUGCGAUGUUAGAGAUACCAAGGUUAUCUACAGAUUUCAAGCUCAUCUUUGCUAUCCUAUAUAGAAAAGUAUUACAGACAUAAGAUGUUAUAAAUAUCUGUAGAUAAGAGACUUAUGAGGUAUUAGACAUGAGAAUUCAAAACGAAAUCAUCUUUUUUUAAGAAAUUAUUAUUUCUUGAUUCUAGAUUUCAAGGAGUCUUGGGAAAUCUUGGAAAAUUCCGCGAAUUUCUUUAUUGAGUUCAUUCAUGCAGUCGAAAUAUUUAAGUACAAAACUGAUAGAUUAUGUAUCACUUUAUCAUUAUCCUUUUGGUAUUUUUAUGUACUAUUUAUUAGAGUUCAAAACUCAAUGGAAAAGGAUAGAAUACGUUUUAAGUUUUAUUUCUUAUAUUUGAUUAUUGUACAUAAGAGUGUUUUUUUCCUUUUUAUUUAUUAUCUUUAUUAUUUAUUAUCUUUUUUAUUUAUUUAUUUAUUCAUUUAUUCAUUUAUUCAUUUAUUCAUUUAUUCAUUUAUUCAUUUAUUCAUUUAUUUAUUUAUUUAUUUAUUUAUUUAUUUAUUUAUUUAUUUAUUGCGAAAAGAUAUUGAAAUGAAAAUCUCAAUUAGUUUGAAUGCUAGAGUGUCAUGAUUUUUAUCUACCGUUGGUUUUAUGUACAAUAUUUAUUGCUCUCUCGUCGACGGGUUCGGCGAUACGUUUAAUAUUUAAGGUUUGAAAUAUCUGACAUUUGCCACUUUUUAAAGAAAACAAAGGAGCAAUGCGCAAAUAUUUUGAUAGUUUUAACUUAUUUCUAAGUAUCUAAAAAUCCUUGUAAACACCAAUGAAAUGACUCAAAGAGUUUUAAAAUCAUUGCCUGGUAUGUUUGUAUGGCUUGCAAUAAAACCUUUAAAAUCGUA